AUGCCAAGACCCAACUUUACUGCGGUCACAGACUUCACCUGUGAAGGCUUUUCCAUUUUUGGGUGGCAGCACAGACUUAUCCUCUUUGUGGUCUUUCUAGUCUUGUACCUGUUGACCCUUGCCAGCAAUGCCAUCAUCUUGACGGUUAUCCGCCUCAACCGUCAACUUCACACACCCAUGUACUUCUUCCUGAGCAUCCUGUCCAUGUCUGAGACCUGUUACACCAUGGCCAUCAUCCCCCGGAUGCUGUCCAGUCUCCUGAGCCCCCAGCAAGCCAUCUCCAUUCCGGACUGUGCCAUUCAGCUCUUCUUGUAUCUCACCUUCGGCAUCAACAACUGCUUCCUGCUCACGGCCAUGGGCUACAACCGCUACAUGGCCAUCUGCAACCCCCUAUGGUACUCGGUCAUCAUGGGCAAAAGGACCUGUAUACAGCUUGCAAGCGGAUCCUGGAGCCUUGGCUUGAGCACAGCCAUCAUCCAGGUGUCUUCUGUGUUCAGCCUGCCCUUCUGUGACACCAAUGUCAUUUCCCACUUCUUCUGUGACAUUCGGCCCCUAACGAAGCUGGCUUGUGCUGACACCACCAUCAAAGAAUUUAUCACUUUGUUCAUCAGUCUGUGCGUCCUUGUUCUGCUGAUCUUCAUCUCCUAUGUCCUGAUUGUCUCCACCAUCCUCAAGAUGGCCUCUGCUGAGGGCCGGAAGAAGGCUUUUGCCACCUGUGCCUCCCACCUCACCAUGGUCAUCGUCCACUAUGGCUGCACCUCCUUCAUAUACCUAAAACCCAAAUCCCAAAAUUCCCUGCAGGACAGACUCAUCUCCGUGACCUACACAGUCAUCACCCCCCUACUGAACCCUGUUGUAUACAGCCUGAGGAACAAAGAGGUCAAGGAUGUCUUGCUCAGAGCUUUAGGUAAAAAGCCUUUCUCUUAG